AUGCGUCGCGCUGCUGUGUUCGCCCUUCGUACGGCUCGCCGAUCUCCUUUCCGGCAGCUUAUUCCUUCCAAAUCAUCCUCUGCCUCUCCGGAACAUGUCGUAGCUGCACAAGCAUCUCUCAUCUCACGAAGAUACAGCACGUCGCGGCAGCCUCUGCAGUCGUCUAUGCGUCUGCCAAAGUUGCCGCUCGCUUUCGUCGGAACAUUAGGAGCCAUCAGCGCAUGGUACGCUUAUAGGGGUGAUGGGCCACAGCACCUUCUCCGAAACCCAGUUGCACCAAUCUCAGCACAGCCGACGAGAAGUCUGAGUACGACUCCGGACGUCGCCCACCCUGUCACCGAUCCCACAAACCCUGCGCCUGUUGCAGCCGGGCAGGAGCCUAAUCGCAAGGCAUUGGUGGUAGACAACGACCAGUUUUUCACGGGUUCGAUCGUUGGGGACGGUCCAUUGGCCAAGGAUACGGAUGAUUACGGUAGAAAGGUGCUGGAGAUGAUGACACCAGAGCAAGCCACAGAGAGACUUCGGAAGAACGAACAGUCGUUUCUUGUUGGACGAGGGCGUGGUGUGGUCAGAUACGACGUCGUCCAAGUACCGAGCAACGAUCCAAUCGAGGAUGACCAUGCCGAGAAGAUUGUCGAGGUCCCCGGCACUGUCGCUGCCACAGAUGGUACUCCGUCUUCAGACUGGAUGUUCUGGGGAGUCUUUGAUGGUCACUCUGGAUGGACAACGUCUGCCAAACUGCGCCAGGUUCUGAUCUCCUUCGUUGCAAGAGAACUGAACGGGACUUACAAGGCCGCCCUAUCAAACGCAAAGUCGCCCUUCCCGUCACCCGCCGCCAUCGACCAGGCCCUCAAGUCCGCCUUUGUCAAGUUGGACAACGAGAUCUGCCUGGACAGCGUGAGCAAGCUAAGCAAGAACCCCAGCAAACGGCUCGCCGCAGAACUGUUGGCUCCUGCUCUGUCAGGUUCAUGCGCACUGCUUUCUUUCUACGAUUCACAAAGCAAGACUCUACGCGUGGCUUGUACGGGUGACAGCAGAGCGGUACUAGGACGGCGGAACAUGCAAACGGGAAAAUGGUUUGCCACCCCUUUGUCAGAAGAUCAGACUGGGUCCAAUCCCAACGAAGCGGCUCGAAUUCGAGCAGAGCACCCGGGAGAAGACAAUGUCAUUCGUGGUGGACGUGUCCUAGGCAAUCUGGAACCAACGCGCGCAUUUGGUGAUGCCUUCUACAAAUGGUCUCGCGACACCCAAGACCGGAUCAAGAAGCAUUUCUUCGGCCGCACGCCGCACCCCUUGCUCAAGACCCCGCCUUACGUGACGGCCGAACCCGUCGUGACCAGCACUGCAAUUGAACCCUCCAAGGGUGACUUCUUGAUCAUGGCCUCUGAUGGGUUGUGGGAAAUGCUUACCAACGAAGAAGCUGUUGGGCUGGUUGGCCAAUGGAUUGAACAGCAGAACAAGCAGGCCACCAACUCGUCGAAUUCAAAUACCGCGUGGCUGACGUCGUGGUUCAAGUCGUCUGCGCCCACCGCCCUCCCGGUGGAGAAAGGCGGCAAUAUGGACAAGACCGGGCGCAUCGACAGCGGCAAAGAUGGCGAAAAGCCGAUCCGGCAGCAGCAGUGGGACGUGCGGGCAGAGAAGAUCGACCGGUUCGUCGUUGAGGACAAGAACGCUGCGACGCAUUUGGUCCGGAACGCGCUUGGGGGAAAGGAUAAGGAUAUGCUGUGUGCUCUGCUCACAUUGCCGAGCCCGUACAGCCGACGGUACAGAGACGACCUCACAGUUGAGGUCGUAUUCUUCGGCGAGGGAGAGAACACGGGGGCCGUGGUCGUCAACAGUGAGGCUACGGCGCAGAAUGCUACUGGGACGGAUCAGACAUUGAAGGCCAAGCUGUGA